AUAAAGGGCAUUGGACCGACUACCUUUUCUCAAUGCGCUGGCUUCCUACGCGUAAGGCCAAACUAUUCGAAUGUGCCCAUGGAUUCCUCAAAGGACGUGGAAUUCAUCUCUUUGUGCUCCGACGAUGAAGACGUAGAGAUGGAGGUGAUUUCGGGCAAGCGUCGGCUCCGUCUAAUCAGUGGAACUUCCGCAGGACCGGUAAAACGCAGGCGAGGCAAAGAGGCGGAUUCCAGUGACCUGUCUUUCAACCCUCUUGACCAGACCGCCAUCCACCCAGACUCCUAUGACCUGGCCACUUCGUAA